CACUGAAAAUCCGGUUGAAAUCGUUUGAAAACAAACAAUAUAGCGAUUUUUAUUUUGGGGUCGAGUACGGUAAAGUACGAAAACAAUCUAAUUAAUAUUCAUGAUUCGACAUGUAAAGUCAAACCUAAAUAAACAAAAUUGCGGAAACGGGCGAAUUUAGUGGAGAGAAGCGUCUGAGCACAUCGGUUGCUAUAGCAUCAGCGCCAGCAACGUCAGUCAGCUGUCUGUUGAGGGCCGCUCACCCGAUCUCAUGGACUCUUACACAAGAACGUGGGUUCUUUUAUUUGAAACAUUAUCGACCUUCACAGAAGUACAUGGUACUUUGAUCUUAAACCCCAUGGAACUAACAAAACGCGACUGGACACCGUCCGGAAGUACAGCGAGUAUGAGGCAGUGCACGGUUACCCUAUGUUCGGUGUUUACGACGGCGGAAUGUGUCUGACCACACCCUAUAGCCCCGGGGCCGUGUACGGGCUGCACGGGCUGCUGGGUGUCUCAAGCCGGUGUGGCUAUAGCCGCGUCGGCAGCUCAAAUUCCGCCAGUGUGCACACGUUUGAGAACAAGGUUUAUAAUCUUACUCGAUUUAUGUAUGCGCAUCGUUUCGAACUUAGAGCAGUAGCAGCAGUUCUAGCAUAAUCGUACAUUUGAUUUUCAAACAAAUUCCAGAAGGUCAUAGUUUAAGUAACUCCAAAAAAUAUUUUCAGACAACGAUGCAAGGUAUAAGACCAUCGACAUAUCGCCUCGUAUCAAUAUACGUGUUGUAAAUUAUAUUGUGAAUAUUUAAAAAGUGGUUGCAUAUGUUCGUUGUCGCCUCUUACAUGUAUUUAAAACAUGAAUCACAAACUAUCACGUCAAUUCAAAUGUAGACGUUUAACACGCAUAAAUAUUUUCCUCAUACUUACAUAUAUUGACGGCGGCUGGUCCCUGUGGUCCGACUGGGGUAUGUGUAUCCGCUCUUGUGGUAUGGGCCGCCAGUACCGCUAUCGUCGUUGUAACAACCCCUCCCCUGUCGGCAACGGGGCUCCGUGCGUGGGAAACAAUCAGGACGUCGUCGUAUGCAAACAGGGCACGUGCAUAACGCCCAUCAGCUGCGGUUCCCGGUUUCAUGCGGGCGGGCCGGACUCCAGUGGCAUCAUCUGGAUUAAGGACUCCAGGAACUUCAUGGAGCCCGAGAACGAGGUUGCUACUGGCGACCCACAGGCCUCAAUCUCACUGUUCUUCUUCAGUAUCGAUAUCAAGUACAGCCUCUAUGACGCGCUUAUGGUGCCGCGUUGAUUGGCGAAGCAUGCUUGAAAACACAUUAUGCGGCUUCAAGAACGUUAAGGACAAAGACCUUGACUGGAAGGUCAUACGACCUCUUUUCUCCGGCAACGCCACCUCUCCGUACGACCACAAAGGUAAUUAUCUGCAAGCCGAAUCCUCCCGUCUUCAGGCUCCGGGUGACAUCGGUCGAAUAACUGUCUACGCGAGUCACGGUAACGUCACGAGCUGCCUGACGUUCGAUUACAGGCUCGACGGCGGGGACCUUAUUCAAUUUAAAGUGUAUCGACGACCAAUUGCGGAGCUCUCGAAAAUAGACGGGGAUUAUGUAGACGUUAACGGGUUGGUUCUGCUGAUGUCAGUGAAAGGGACCAACGAAAACGCCUGGAAUAAGACUCAAGUUCGUGUGGAUGAAGAUCACGAUUGCCAGUUGAUUUUUGAAGCCGCCCUUGUAAACGAGAUCGGGUCACGCGUUGCAAUUGAUGACGUCAUGGAUGCUAGCGUUUAUUGUGACGCAGCGCAGAAAUGUGACAUUGUCACCGUAAUGAACUUUCUAAGACCUUAACUGAAUUUA